AUGAUACGAAGCCUCCCGCGCCACUCGACAUGUCACCACAGUAUUCAACAGGAUGAUCCCCGCCGCGGUCCUACUCGGCCCGUAUGCUUUGCCUGUUUUCAACUCAUAAAGGAUCAGGCUGUCAUCUCCAUUGAGCGGCGACUGUUCUCAGCAAUCUCUCAAGGCGACUUCUCCACUACAGAACGUUACUACACAGCGCUUGAACUGGCCUUCGCAACAGGUCGCUUCGAAGCGCUCGAACUCGCGUUAUGGACUAUGGCCCGUGACUGCGUUUUCGCUCAUCCAAUGCUCUUCAUGGUCGUGGAUAUCGAAUUUCUUGUCGUAUCAACAAUGCGAAUGUUGCUCGAUGAAUCGAUGUUUGAGUAUACAGAGGAGGACGCUAGAGCUUUUGCGGAGGGCAGGGCCCUCACCCUUGAGAUGGAGGCUACCUCUCUGAACGCACACAGGCGCCAAAGUACGGCAUCUGACUCGGGUUCUAUCCAGCUGCAGCUUUCUGACGGCACUCCAGACAACAAUGACCUGGAGGUAAACAACUUGGUCGCUGACCUUGGAACAAUGUCUGUCGAUGAGGACAACACAGCGUGGUCAGGCUGA